AUGAACGUGGGCACGGCGCACAGCGAGGUCAACCCCAACACGCGGGUGAUGAGCAGCCGGGGCAUGUGGCUCUCCUACCUGCUGUGCAUCGGCCUGCUGCACGUCAUCCUGCUCAGCAUCCCCAUCGUCAGCGUGCCGGUGGUCUGGACGCUCACCAACCUCAUCCACAACCUGUGCAUGUACCUGCUGCUCCACACUGUGAAGGGCACCCCGUUCGAGACCCCGGACCAGGGCAAGGCGAGGCUCCUCACCCACUGGGAGCAGAUGGACUACGGCCUGCAGUUCACCGCCUCACGCAAGUUCCUCACCAUCACUCCCAUCAUCCUCUACAUCCUCACCAGCUUCUACACCAAAUACGACCGCGCCCACUUCGUGGUCAACACCGUGUCGCUGCUCGUCGUGCUCAUCCCCAAACUGCCCCAGCUUCACGGGGUCCGCAUCUUCGGGAUUAACAAGUACUGACCCCACCCGACCCCUCCGCACCCACCCACCCACCCCACCACCUCCACCACCACCACCACCACCACCACCACCACCACCAGUUCCUCUGGCUGGCAGGGUGUCGGGUCCUACUGGGUUGAGCGGUGGUUUGGCCCGGGAGGAACCCUAAAAUGAACCACCGCGGCCCUCUGAAGAACGCCCCUGGUGGGUUCGCUCACCCUGGCACCUGGGACCCCCCUCCCCCCCCCCCCACACACGCACGCACAUCAAAGGGCCCCCCCCAGGGAGUGAGGGGAGUCAUGGAACUCGCGGCACGCUCUACCUGAAUCUCCUAGGGGGGGGGGGGGGGGGCUGAACUCUCCGGUGUUGAACACCUUUUUGAACGUGGCGGGAAAGUGGAGGCGACUGAAAGGGGCGGUGGUGUUUCCACCUGACGGAGGGAGUGGUGGUUUGUUUUGGGUGGUGUCCGGGGAGGGGUACGGGGCCGCUCCGACCCGACAGCCCAGCUCUGCCCCUGGACGGCAGCGACGAUGCCACAGACCUACGGUACCUUAGGAGGGUCGUUUUUACGCCGUCGAUCGCUGCCUGACUUUUAUUCAGCUUUACUCGUCCUGUCUGCCUCUGUCUCCCUGUCUCCCUGUACCACGGUCUCUCUGUCUCCCUGUACCACGGUCUCUCUGUCUCCCUGUACCACGGUCUCUCUGUCUCCCUGUACCACGGUCUCUCUGUCUCCCUGUACCACGGUCUCUCUGUCUCCCUGUACCACGGUCUCUCUGUCUCCCUGUACCACGGUCUCUCUGUCUCCCUGUACCACGGUCUCUCUGUCUCCCUCUCUUCCUGUCCCCCCGUCUCCCUCUCUUGCUUUCUUCCUGUCCCUCUGUCUCCCUGUCGUCCUGACCCUCGGUCUCCCUGUCUCCCUCUCUUCCUGUCACCCUGUCCCUCUGUCUCCCUGUCGUCCUGUCUCUCUGACUCCCUGUUUCCCUGUCUCCCUCUCUUCCUGUCUCCCUGUCCCUCUGUCUCCCUGACUCCCUGCUUGGUUUCCUCAGUGCAUUCCAGAGACUCUCUGCUGUGACAUCAGAGCCGUGACAUCAGAGCGUGUGACGUCAGAGCGUGUGACGUCAGAGCCUGUGAUGUCAGAGCCGUGAUGUCAGAGCCGUGAUGUCAGAGCUGUGAUGUCAGAGCUGUGAUGUCAGAGCUGUGAUGUCAGAGCCGUGUCAGCGCUCGGCCGUGUAAAGGAUUCCUCAGCGGUCGCCUUUCCUUCCCUCCGUUUUGUUUUUAGUCGGUCGGUCGGUCAGCCCCAGAUGUGGAACAUUUGGGAGCUUGGGUUAUUUUUAUCCGGUCAUUCCCAUAUUUGGACACUUUCUUGUGCUGCUGUGUGCCAGAGACUGUCCUCUCUGCGCCUCGGGGCCGGGUAAGGAGAGGAACACGGCGGGACUUUAAGACCAAAGUGCAGCUCAACCCUGAGAUCAACUCCUGAUUCUGCCAUGUUGGAUUUUAACGGCGUCGUUCCAGCUUUGGGAUUCAGCUCAGUGAUGCCCACCUGGCCUUCACAUGCGUUUUAUUUGAUAUUAUAUUCAACUGAUUUUAGGAAUCCUAUUUUAUACUUUUAAGGUUCUCAACUCAUUUAGCUUAUUUUCCAAAUGUUUCACACCGAAUAAAGGGAACCAGUCAGAAGUUUGAGCAGAGGAGUGUAAUUUAAAUAGAAAGCAUCACUGCUCAACAGAGGAAAGGGGCGUGGUUCUGCAUGGUCUCCUUAGGAACCACAGAGAUGUACGUGUGUACUGGGAUUUGACACGCGUGUACCGUCAUGUUACUGUACGUGUGUACUGCCACCUGACUGUACUUGUGUACUGUCAUGUGUCUGUACGUGUGUACUGUCAUGUGUCUGUACGUGCGUACUGUCAUGUGACUACAUGUGUGUACUCUCAUGUGACUGUACGUGUGUACUGCCCUGGGUUGUGUGUGUACUUUCACAUGUGUGAUAUUCAGUAGUGGUGCGUUCUCACCACAGUACCUAGCCUGAAGACAGGCCUAUCAUGGAGUCACUGCUAGAGUCUACUUUAGUCUCCUCUCUAGAAGCUUCUGAAUGUGACGACUUUAUAAGUGUCAAAGGGCUUUAGGUAGAGCUGUAUACACGUUUUAGGAAAUGAGCCAACCGUUUGUUUAUGUGUGGGAAAAUUAAGGACUUUUGAACAAAUUUGAACAUAUGAAUGUUGAUUGGAAUUGUAGCAUUUUGCUUAUAGUUGUUGCUAAGUGACCAUUUUAAGGGCGAUAUCUUCACUUUAACGUGCUGGCCCGAGGGCUCGACAAACGAAACAGUAUUUUAUUUUUCUGACUUCAUGUCAUCCUGUCGUGUUGUGCCCAUAUUUGGACGUGCUUUGACUGUUGUUCCUAACUUAAACGGGACUAUGUAGGUCAUUCGUACUUUUAUUAUGUUGGUCUGCGUGUGGGGAUGACGUAUUCGGUACUUGACAGGCGCUUUAUAACUGCACCAUGAAAGGUCAUUGUUGGUACUAUGUGAUGUUUAUUUGAGGCCAAAUUAAAACUUUAUACAAUUUUAGAAGGACAUGCAUUUUAGCCCCCCCCCCCUCCCCUCUGUUUUUCCUUUUAAUCAAAUGUUACACGUUAAUGUAAACAGCAAAAGCCAUUGACUUUUUCUAAGCAGUAAAUGUGUUGUCAGUAUUUUGCUUUCAAUGACCAAAACAAGAGAAACCGAUUGGAUGCAGUUUUUGUCAAGUUUUGACCAAAACCUUUAAGAGUUUUGACAAAGGACCAAUCAUGUGUUCUAAUUUUUUGAAGUACAAUCCUGUCGUUGACCUCACGUUGGACCGUUCUAGCCUUGGUUUACAAAACGGACUUCAAGACUUCCUGCUCUAGCAGCAUGACGAGGAGGCUUAGAAUUUGUGAUGUAAGAUGUUUUCUCGGUUCCUGUGUGAGGAUCCUUCAUGCAGAUGACUCGGGAAGCUUAGAACCUGUGAUUUUAGAUGUGUUCUCGAUUUCUGUGUCUGUAAGGAUCCUCCUUCAUGCAGAUUACUCUGGAAGCUUAGAAUCUGUGAUGAUAGACCUGUUCUAGGUUCCUGUGUGCGUGAGGAUUCUUCAUGCAGAUGAAGCUCAGAGCCCGUUGCUUAGAUGUGUUCUUCUUAAUGUGCGUGUGUGAGGUUCACCUUCAGUGGUUUCAAACCAAAGUUCUCUUGAAUGAACCAGAGAUGGAUAAUCCUCAGUUAGCGACCGUCUAUUCAGAGAAGGCCGACAAUCUGACCCUGAUGAUAGAUGGGUCGUGUUUCAUUUAAAAACACAAACGCAUUCAAAGCUAAUCAUCCAUCAGCAGAGUUUCAUUAAUAUGAUUCUCAAUCGCUUUCAAUAUCUGAGUGUUGAUCUGCAUCCCGGUAGCAAACGUAACUCUGAUCCGGGCUGGUCAUCUGGAUCUCUACACCCUGAGAGGUUUUAACGUAACCUGAUAACCACAGCUGGUUAAACAUUGAGUGAGAGUGACAUGUGAGUGCAGGCUGUCCUGUCAUAAGGGGGGGGGGUGGGGGGGGGGGGGGGGGCGGGGCGACUUAGCGCUGACAUCAAAUGGCCUUGUUUGUGUUGGUCUGCUGUCCCUCAGACAUGAGUUCAUAGGACGAAAAGAGUAUCCUUCGUUCACUUUACUUUACUUUUAUGUUCUUCAGACUUGAGUUACAUUCAUUGUCUUAAGAUUUUUUCCAUCCGUCACUUUCACAAUCAGUGAGACGUUACUGGAACUGUAAGCGGGGACAUACACGUUGGCGUUGGAGAACUCUUUCAAUUCUGAAGUUGAAUUGUGUGAAAGGGUUCCAGCGGAACCACGGCUUACAUGUGAGGAACCACAGCUUACAUGUGAGGAACCACAGCUUCCAAGUGAGGAACCAGCCCCCGCUCAUUCCCUUUCUUUCGGUGGAUUGGUCGAAUGGAUCAGGUCCGAAGUUGCCAAUCGUAACGUUAACCAAAGGUAACACCGAUGGGAAUAUGCAACAUGUUGAGCGUCCAACACAGGAACACGCAGUGGGAAAUCAGACAGCCGGCAUGUGGCCUCAUUGAGUAAAAUGGGAUGGGUUGUUGUUUGUUUUUGAUAUGAUGAAAUGCUAGCAUUCCUUAAUCAUUGUUACAGUGACUUCUAUAUCAUGGUCAUUUUUGCAUCCUGUAUGUAGUUGUCUAAUUAUUACGGUAUUAAAUAAUGUCAAUUCAUAAUCGGAGGAUGUGAUUACUGAAUGUCUCAACCUUUACCCUGACACUUGCUUCCUGUCAUGGGAGAAUUUCCAUUUGUCUGAAUUAGUUUAUUUCUGUGACUGUCUAUAUGCUAUGCUUGCUCAUUUAUAGCUCAUUAAAGAUGGAUGACAGGG